AAACUCUUUCUCCUUUCCGUCUGGAAUUUUAUAUUCCGCAGUAAUAUUAUAAAGAUUAACCCUUAAAAAACCUUUAUAUGCUAAAGAGCGUACAUAGGUGAGCCCUUUCUGGGCUCGGCGGAAAGGCGAGGUUUGAUACCUUACCAGACUACACUCUUUUACACCCUUAUGAACGAAAAAUAUUCGGACUUCAACCUUAUUUUCAACCCUCCCAACUACGAAAAGAUUCUUUUCGGCUUUAGAGAAGAGCGUCUUUUACACAACAAAUUUUUUAUCUUUCAACUAAGGUUCUCCAUCCCAGAAAAUAUUCUUAAAAAGAAGAUAACUUCUUUACACCAAAAGACUCUUUCGUCCAAACUGACGACCACUCUUGCUUCGAAAUUCUUGGCGUUGGCAUGGUCUCGUGCUCAGCAAGACAAUUUUCCUUUUUUGGAUACAUGCAACGUGUAUUUUAAUUACAAAGAAAUCCAAACUACACCAAUUAAAACUCACGCUACACUAACCAAAAUUUUCCUUAUCGGGAUUAACCUUCACGUUGACAAGAAUCUUCCAGAUAUUUGGGCAAGACAGUCACGUGAUAUAGAUAAAAUUUUUUCUAAGGAUGAUAUAUAUUCCUUAUGGCGUUGGUUAUUAUUUCAUGACACUUCUGGUUUAAAUAAAGGCUCAGGAGUUACCAUCAUGAUUACUGACAAAAUAGCAAAAGAUUUACAACAUACAGAAUUUGUCGAAGGACGUAUCAUCAAUCUCAUCUUCGGUUUUAAGAAAUCAAAUCAACUGAACGUGACUUGCUGCUACUUACCACCUAGCCCUAAGAUAGAUAUUACCAAAUUUAAAAUCAGCGCUAUUUGCGUCAAUAGAUUUAUUUUUUUAUUUUUUUUUCUCAUUUUGCUAUUAGGCGGGUGUUCUUGGGAAAGUUCUUGGAUCUGACUCGUGUUCACCUAUAUCCAUAGAGGACAGAAUUCGUCACGCUUCGGGGUGGCUUGACGUGUAGUGAUAGAAUUACAUAUAGACUCAUUUUUAUGCUGUCAGCGUAAUUGAAUCUACCGUUUCGCUUUUCUGUUUUUUAAAAAUUAAAAAUAAAAAUAAAAUAGUUUUUUUUAGUGCCAAAAAUUUAUUUGUCACCCCAUGACAC